UUUAGCACAACCCCGUGACUGUUUCUCUCCCAAAUUACUGGGUGAUUUCUGUUCAUCCACCUCCCUCUUGCCCUAUACGUUGACUUUCAACAAACGAGCGAGCGUGCUGGAGUGACGCGGAUAGAGCCCGCGGGCGGUGGCGUGCACUGUUGAACCCAACCUGCUGAUUUAAAAGAAACAAGGACAGCAAAUACUGGGCACCUAGACUGGGGAGAUACGACUAACUGUGGCGAGGAUGGCGUCACGUAGCCUGGGGCUGCAUGUAGCUCGCAAACAGGACGCUGCCAGAAGCGGAGCUGUGGAGAGGAGGAAUCUACUGACUGUCUGCAGGUUUUCAGUGAAGACGUUGCUUGACCGCUCCUGUUUAGACACGAUAGACGACUCCUCUCCAGAGUUCACCAACUUCGUCUCCAUCCUGGAACAGAUCCUCAGUCACAGACUCAAAGGUCAGACUACGUGGUUUGGUUAUGAGACUCAUCGUAGUUUCUGGGAUUAUGUGAAAGCAGCCUGCAGUAAAGUCUCUCCCAGCUGCAUCCACAGCAUUGAGAGCAUGGAGAAUGUCCGCUCCUCCAGAGCUAAGGGUCGGGCGUGGAUCAGGCUGGUGCUGAUGGAGAAGAGGCUGUCUGAGUACAUCUCCUCCGCCCUGAGGGACUUCAAAACCACCAGGAGAUGGUAUGAGGAUGGGGCCAUCAUGCUAGGUGAGGAGGCGGGGCUGCUAGCAGAUACACUCAUCGGUCUCAACACCAUUGACUUCAGCUUCUGUCUGAAAGGGGAAGGGCUGAAUGGAAGCUGCCCAGCGGUGAUUGACUAUACGCCUUAUCUGAAGUCGAUUCAGAGAGAGAACAGCAUCAGUAGUGAUGAGGAGUUGAGGACCCUGGGGAGCAGCGGCAGCGAGAACACCACCCCUGAAAAGAUGGCCGCCAGCACUGCGGAGGCCAUCUUAACCGAGCAGAGCAGCUGGGUCUGCAGGUGUAAACUACUCGAGCAGAAAUACCGCAUGGCACUGGAACAGAAGUGUUAUCUGGAAGAGAUGGUUCGUCUGAGAGAGGCCCAGCUGUCUCAAGUGAUUCCUCAGAACAAAGCUCUUCAGCAGAGACUAACAGACACACACCUCUCACACACACUGGAGAAGGAACAACUAGAAUACAUCGUACUGGAGCUCCAGGACCAACUGAUUGUGCUGAAGAACCAUGACUUGAGGUCCAGACAAGAACUGACUGCACAUCUGACCAAUCAGUGGCCUUCACCCAGUGCCAUGGAUACCAAUGCUGUUGUCCUGGAUACCAUGCUGUACAGGAAUAGGGUGGGGCAGUGGGAGGAAGAGUCCACUCUAAUGUCUCUGUGUUCUACAGGAAGAAUUUCCAGUCUAGAGCAGCUGUCCCAGACCUCUCUGGAGCCUCACACACUCAACCUGGACACUAGACCAGCCAGCUCACACUGGCACCACCAUGGGAAGUAGGACACCCCCUCUCUGAUAGGUCUGUGUGGGUCUCUGCAGUCAGUAGCCAGCAAUAAGUCCCUGGCCAGCCAGAAGUCCAGUGAGUGUCUAGCCAGCCCCACCACAGAGAUGACCAGUCCUGACCUCACCCCGUCCUAGAACCAUAGACCAAGAGACCCAGCACAUGGUUUGGAGAAAGAGAGCCAGAUUUGGAUCCUGGAAUUGGAACUCAGCCUUUUUGAAUAACAUUCCACCCCAUCCCCUCCUAAACCCAGAGAUCUAACUUCGUCCCCAGGCUCAAUUGAUGGAUUUACCAGGGAUGCAACACAGGUCGUAGAAUCAUACAACUGUGCAUAGAGAUGUAUUUAUUGGGAUUUCUAUGACUAAAUCACAUGGAAUCUGGAUUCAGGAACUCAGAGUUUUAAAGAAAUAUUGAAGGAACUCAUAGCUCAAAACAUGGGAGCCGCAGUCAAUCAUUUGGAAUUUACAACUCUGACUGACCCUGGAACCAGCGCUUCAGUAGUCAGUCCUUCAAUGUAAGCGCAGAGCCGUUGGAAAAACCAGGACUGUAUUGACCAGGACCGACCUCACGUUUAUUUAUUAGUUUGUUGUAUAUCUGCACUGAUGGGGAAAACAACUGCAUAGUUGAAAGCCAGUUCCGGGUAGGUAUACUGUUGUCACCUAUCUUAUGUGUUCAGAUCACUGCAGACCAAGGAGAACGCCACUUGACACUAUUGGGAUGCAGACCUUUUUUUUCGUCACUUAAAGGACUCCUCAUGAUGUAAACAUGCUCAGCAUCCCAGAGAUUGACAACUUGAGGAAUUGCUUUCUUUAGGAUUUAUUUGGGGAUGGGUAAGGAGUGUUAGGGUUUGUUGUUUCUCAAGUGUUAAAGCCUGUAGACUAGUGGUUCUGUUCAUGCCUCUUCAACUUGCAGGUGUUUUCCUGUUACCCUGGCAACUUAAGUGAGCUCUACUAUAGAUGGCCAUGGUGGGUCUGUCUCAGUGGCCAAAGAACGGACAUUUAGGUAUUGUAUUCCUGCCAGAGGACUGGACUAUCCUCAUUAUUUAAGUCUUUAGUGUAAUCAUGCUUCCAUGUUGGAAGGGCCUUGAAAUAUCUAGAGGAGAACAGUGUUGCUUUUGUGUCUUCUGUUUCUACGGUCAAUCAUCUGGUACCUGACUUGUAGCCAUAAUCAUAUUAUUGAUGGCAUUGAAUGUAUCUCAUAAAGUUGCACACUCCAUAUAUAAACUCCCAGUAAUUUAUUGGGUAUUUACCAACGUUUCGGCCUUCUUCAGGCACAGUGAUGGCGACACAUUGGUAAAUACCCAAUAAAUUACUGUGAGUUUAUAUAUGGAGUGUGCGACUUUAUUUUAGUUUAUUUGCCAUUAGUCAGCACCUCCACACAAACACAUUUUUCUGGGUGUGCGCCAGCAAAAAAAUUCAAUUGAUUUUUAAAUUGAAUGUAUCUCAUCCACAAAAUUCGUUUUGGAUUUAACCACACAGUAUUAUGUUAUAUCUUUGUGUCAUAAAGGGUUUGUGUUCUCAGGAAAUGUUUCCUGUCCAACAGGGUUAGGUUGAACAUGAUAGUCUGUAUUGGGGUUGCAUGUUCUGUCUGACUGCGUUGAGAUUUAUUUUGAUCAGAGGCAUGUAGGGAAAGUGUUCAGGGUGUGUUCUGUGUCUGUCUCUCUCUCACACACACACACACACACACACACACUUAAUUGUAUUGCGAUAUUGCACAUUGAUUUAUUACUUUGAUUCAUUUUCUCCUGCUAUUUUGAAUAAACAUACUGUACUAAACAAUAUAUUUGGUCUUUAAAAAAAAUUGUAUUCUGUACCAAUGUGUAUGUUUAGUACAGUAUGUUCAUUCCCCAUGUAUACACAGAUCUCCAUGUUUUACCCCUACCAUGCCCCUAGUGUUAGAGCAGGAUAAAACGGUUAACCCAGCAGGCCCCGGUCCAAAAUAAAGUCCCUGACCGUAACAUUAAA